GUCGACGUCAUAACUCACACCAUCCAUUCAGAAGCACAUCUAAGCGAGUUGUGCGCACGAUUGCUGGCGGUGAAGGACUUCUCAAUCGCCACUUGCAUUCGAUCUCAAGCUUUUCGAGGUCGGUAGCUGCCGCUCUUUCUUUUCCUGUUGGAGCACUGAUAGUGUGUAGAGUAUAGUCGUGCAUUACUUAGGGCAACACACCACUGCCAGACGUUGCUUUUCGUUCCUGCAUUUGCUGCGGAGCUGCUCGGCAUCCUCAAAUGGCCGCGUGCGCAGCGACGCCAGCGAGCCUGUUCUCGAAUGGAAGCAUGGACAUUGGCUCAAACACAAUGUCUCAGGCUCUCAGCUCCAGCGUGCCCGCGUCCGAGCAUCGUCAUAUGCCAGGUGGAGGAGCGCAGCGGUUUGGGAUGUUCAAAGUACCCUCGCUGGUGUUCGAUAUAGAGCUCGAGGACAACGGCAUCGGCGGGGGCUGGUGCCAGGAGGAGGAGUGGGAGGAGGAUGAGAUUGUGAGCGAGAUCCAGCGCUUCGUGCAGCCCUCCACACCGGCGGAGGCGCGGCUGGCCGCCGACGUGCGUGUGGCGUUGUCGCACUGCCACACCGCCACCGCCGCCGCCGCCGCCGAGGCCGGGCCCCGCCUGGUGUCCAUCCUGACUGCCCUCGGCUACAGCGCCUCGCUCCGCACCGCGCUGGGCGGCGGCGACGGCGCCGACUGCCUCCGCAACCUGCGCCACUCCUUCAUCACAGUGGAGUUGCCCACACCACCGCCCACCACGCCCACCGCCGCCGCCGUCGCGGCCGCCGCGGCGGGGCGGGAGGGCGGCGGCGGCGGCUACCCCAUGGGCGGGAUAGCGUCCGCGGCGGGCGGCGGUGGCGGCGGCGGUGGCGGCGGCGGCGGUGGCAUUAGCAGUAGCGGGAGCACCAGGCGCUAUGUGGUGGACCCGGUGUUUAAGGAGCAGUUCAUCAUCGCCAAGACCACCAGCAGGUACUCUUGCAUCCUGGGCGCUGUGCCUCAGGUGUACGUGGGGCCGGAGGAGCACCUGGCGCUGCUGGUGCAGUUCCUGUGUGCCGAGAUGGCGGCGGCAUUCAGGCAGCUGGGGUCUGUGCUGCCGCCCUGGCGCCAGGCGGCCUCCAUGCUGUCCAAGUGGGCGCCGCGCAGGAGCCUGGACCUGGGGGCGGAGGCCGGAGCAGGAGGAGGAGGAGGCCAGCAGCAGCAGAAGCAGCAGCAGCAGAGCGGCACCGUGGGGGGCAUGGGUGCGGGCAUGGCGGCGGCGGUGGACGCGCACUGCAUGCAGCUGGGCGGCGGCGGCGGCGGCUGCCAGCAGGGGCAGCAGGGGCAGCACGGGCCUUGGCCCUGUCGGCCGGCGGCGGCGGCGGGCAUUCACCAACACCACCAGCACCACUACGCCGGCAUCCACCAUCAGCAGCAGCAGCACCAGCAGCAGCAGCAAGGCGGCUUCUGGCAGCACGGCUUUCACCAGCAUGCGCUGCUGGGCGGCGGCGGAGGCGGUGGCGGUGGUGGUGGCCUGCCGCCCGCUGGCCUGGCGCCCAUGCCGCCGCCCUCGUAUGAGGUGUCGGGCGGCGGCAACAGGCGGCAGAGCUUCGAGCCGCAGCGGGUGGUGUUUGGCGGCAACUUCAUCCCAGUGGGGCCCACGCCCGUGGCCUAGUAGGCCCGCCCUGCUAGGCCUAGUGGUGUGACCCCAGGCGCGUUGCGAAGGAGAGGAGAAGGAGCGGAAUGAGAAACAGCACUGCAGUGCACGAUGCCGAUGUGGCGGUGAGAGCCUUAAUGAGCAAUGCGAUUUUGGAGGCCGGGCCGCACGACGAUCUUAGGGCCCGUUUUUUUCCACGUAUGCGGGGCGAUUUGCUCAAUAAUUUUUCCUUUUGCACGCCGAGCUGCGCUUAUUUUUGCGCAUUGCUGUUUCCGGCCUUUCAUUCGUUCGUAGUUUUGAGGUGUCGUGGUGUCGCGGAUGCAGUGAACAAUGGUUGGACCGGCGAUGCGUCGCCCGCAAACAACAGCAGCAACAGCAGCAACAGCAGAGGAAAGGCAGCGGCAUGCAUAUGCAGCAGCAACAGCAGAUACACACACAUGUGACGUGAGGUCGAGUUGAGACUGUGGAGUGUGGUGGUGGGUCAGAGGACAGGAUACACAUGUGCAAAUGUCAGGUGCAGAUGAGCAGAUGAGGAUAGCGGCCCUUGCAAUGGCGGGGGGAAGAACGGACGGCAGGGCGGUGAGCAGGCAGACGUGAGGUAGGGCGUGUGGGCAACUGGCGAGAUUGCUGUGUGUUUCGCACACAGGUGCCUCGUCAGGUGAGGAGCGGCAGAUGGCGGCGGCUGUAGCAGCACACGCCUUGGUGUGCGAGCCCGGGACGAGACGGAAACGAUGCAUCCGCCCCUCUCAACAUGUACUGCGUGUGCGGGUGCGUGUCUGUGCAUAUCAACAAAUAUGCGGCCUCUGAAGGACGCCUGUUUGUGUGUGUUUGUAUCGAUGAUUGUUGCUUGGGUCAGUGGCAGCGGUUAUCAACGCACGCGCGCACACACACACAGGUCGUGCGAGAGAGUUGCUGCCGUGGAGGAUUUCAUUUUGCAGCAAGACGCCAGUGGUAGUGGUGGUGGUGGUGAAUGGGGAUAGGCAGGAGCCAGGUUCUUUGCCCGGGUCCCUGGAAGGGGUUGGGCCCGGCAGACAUACAGGCGCGACAGACAAUUUUGGUAUGCCCGUGUACGGGUGGCGUGUGUGUGGUGUUUGCAAUACACGCAUGCAUGAGAACGGGUGGAGGCUGUGUUUUCGGGGCACUACACGCAAACGGUGGGAGGCGUGUGCGGAGACGCAUUUGUGCCUCCCGCGUGCGUGCUGCUGUCCGCGGCCUUGAUCAAAGAAGAAAUGGAAGGAUGUGGAGAGAGAGAGAGAGCAUGCGAGGUGCUGUCUGUGUGCUUGUGUGGGUGCACUGUGGGUGAGUGUGUGUGUAUGUGUGUGUGUGUGUGUGUGUGUGUGUGUGUGUGUGUGUGUGUGCUUGGAAAGUAUGUGUUUGGUCACGCUGGGAAAAGACCCUGCCGUCGGCUGUUUAGGGGCAUGCCUCUUCGUGUGCCCUUAUGCGUGCGCCUUUGGCUCCGGGUCUCGUAUCUAUCCAUAUACUAACCUACACGCCUUCGGGUUUGGGAUGAGCGCUUGCAACAUCUACUCUGUCUCGAAAUGACACAGUAUAGCAGGCGUGCGGGCAGCAUGGUUAUGGAGGUGAUGGAUUUGAUACAUGGAGCAUACGAAUGCUGGCCACAUACGUCACGCCUACCAGUGGAUAGCUUGAGAAUAGAUAGUAGAUGGCUAGUGCCGCGCACAAUCCCUAACCUGGCCUCGGCCGGGCGUGCCGGCGUUGGUGUUGGUGUUGGUGCUUGGCAUGUGCGACAUGCGGGCUUUUGGUGGCCGCACAUAACUACACGUCAAUGCAUCCGACACGCGUGCAGGAAAUAUAACACGCAAAGUCUUGGGGGAAGGGCGCGACCGGACAUUGGGCGGCCCCCGCCCCCACCAAAACACUAUGAACCAUUUUGACGCAAGGUGUUCUCGUGGUGUGACUGAUGUGGUUGAUGAAUGCCGAUGUGUUGUUUCUGGAUUUGCGAAGGUUGCAUGCCCAGGAUCCGGUUGAUGAGAAGGGCAAAACCCGCCCGAUGGUGGAUACGUAAUGCUUUUCGUGCAUGUUGACGCAUGAGACAGCGGCGCGGUGUGCGAGGGGCCGGCUCGAGAUGCAUGCGAGAGGGAACGACAAAAGCCUGGUCCCGGUCCUGGUCUGGCGUUUUGCUGCUGGUCACUGGCCACGCGCGCGCGGGGUCGGAGACCUAUUAAGCAGGGCGGGGGGCCACUGCUGUCGGCUGGAGUGGAGCCGGCGCGAGAUGACAUGCGAGGGGUGGGGAGGGGUGUGGGGGCUACUGACUGGCUGAAAUCGAGGGGAGGGGCGAGCCAAUGCGUCGACGCGUACUGGCGCGGCGGCGGGUGUGUGCGUGUGUGUUUUUACGUGUGUGCGCGCGUGUAUGCGCACCUGACAGUGCAUUUCUCGCAUCCGGGGUAAGCUACGUCCCGGAUGCAAGCAUGUAAGAUGCAUGUGUG